UGUAGUUUUGGUUGUGAGUUUAUAGUACAAUUGUUCAGAUCAGAUUCUCAUGGCCGCAGCUGAUAGGCUGAAUUCACUCUCUGUCACAUGACUGGAGGCGGCUGGUAAACACUGGCGGUCAUGUGACCGCAGACAGAGAGGAAGCGACAAUCACGGCGACCAUGUCGGAACGGACGCCGCUGCUGCAUUACCGGCUCUCCGUCAGCGUCAACGAGUCCGGCGAGCACCGGGAGACGCGCACCGGGAGAGAUGAGGGCGAGCAGCGCAGCCCCGCGACCGUCCAGCGGAAACCCGCCGUUAAACAGCCGCCCAAACUCAACACUUUCUUCGGUGUGGUGAUUCCCACACUGCUGUCAAUGUUCAGUGUGGUGGUGUUCCUGAGGAUAGGUUUUGUUGUGGGUCAGUGCGGUCUGUAUCAGACGAUAGCGAUGCUGCUGGUGGCGUAUUUCAUCAUCAGCAUGACGGUCCUGUCUGUGUGCGCCAUCUCGACCAACGGAGCACUGGACGCCGGAGGAGCGUACUACAUGAUCAGUCGUGCUCUGGGUCCAGAGUUCGGCGGCAGCAUCGGCAUCAUGUUCUUCCUGGCGAACGUGUGCGGCAGCGCCCUCUAUGUGCUGGGACUGGUGGAGGCCGUUCUCACCACCUUCGGAGUGCAUGAAGACGGAUCGUCUCUGUCCGUCUCGCGGUACGCGGUGUUGCCGGCCGGAUACUGGUGGUCUCUGCUGUACGGCACGGUCAUUCUGCUGCUGUGUUUGAUCGUGUGUCUGGUCGGAGCUCACAUCUAUGCUAAAGCCACCUUCAUCAUCUUCAUCAUCGUCAUCGUGGUUUUGGGGACCAUCUUUGUCAGUUUCUUCGCUGUGCCGUUUCGGACCGUCCAGCUGCCCGGCCAGACGAACUCCUCCAUCGGCCCGACGAGCGCCAACUUCACCGGCUUCAAGUUAGACACGCUGAUGGGAAACGUGCAGGCGGCCUACACUGUGGACUACACGACUGGAGUGAUGAUGACAUUUGCGACGGUGUUUGCGGUGAUGUUUAACGGAUGCACUGGAAUCAUGGCGGGAUCAAACAUGUCCGGUGAUCUGAAGAACCCGAGCUACUCCAUUCCUCGUGGCACAAUCACAGCCGUCAUCUUCACCUUCAUCAUCUACAGCCUGCUGAGUGUGCUGAUCUCCUGCACAUGUGACCGGAUUCUCCUGCAGAAAGAUUACGGAUUUCUCAGAGACAUUAACGUCUGGCAUCCCUUCGUGACGGUCGGCGUUUAUUCCUCCACGCUGUCCGCUGCCAUGAGUAACCUAAUCGGAGCGUCCCGCAUCCUGUACGCUCUGGCGCGGGACGACCUGUUCGGAAUAGUUCUGUCUCCAGCCAAACGCAUAUCUGGCAGCGGGAACCCCUGGGUGUCUGUUCUGAUCUCCUGGUUUAUUGUACAGCUGGUGUUGUUCUCAGGGAAGUUGAACACUAUCGCGAGUAUCGUCAGCAUCUUCUUCCUGCUGGUCUACGCCACUGUGGAUCUGGCCUGUCUGGCGCUGGAAUGGGCGUCCGCCCCAAACUUCAGGCCGACGUUCAGGUAUUUCACCUGGCACACGUGUGUUCUGGGAAUCAUCGGCUGCGCCGUGAUGAUGUUCCUGAUCAACGCCAUCUACGCGUCCGCCAGUAUCGCCUUCAUGCUGCUGCUGCUGCUGCUGAUCCAUUACCUGAGUCCCGUCAGCAGCUGGGGCUGCAUCAGCCAGGCGCUCAUCUUCCACCAGGUGCGUAAGUACCUGCUGAUGCUGGACGUUCGUAAAGAUCACGUGAAGUUCUGGAGGCCUCAGGUGCUGCUGAUGGUGUCCAACCCCAGGUGCAGUGUGGGAUUGAUCACCUUCAUCAACGACAUCAAGAAGAGCGGCCUCUAUGUGCUGGCGCACGUGCAGCUGGGAGACCUGGACAUUCUCCCGUCUGAUCCGCUGCAGUCUCAGUACGACUCCUGGUUGUCUCUGGUGGAUCAUUUGAAUAUUAAAGCGUUUGUUAAUCUCACGCUGGCAGACUCCAUCAGACAUGGAGUUCAGCACCUGCUGUUCAUCUCAGGACUCGGUGGUAUGAGACCCAAUACUGUGGUUUUGGGUUUCUAUGACGACACCCCGCCUCAGGACCAACUCCUGGACUCCGCCCUGUCGAUGAGUAAUGACAAUUCCUCUCAGGUCGACGACCCAGAAGACCAGAACGACCCGCCUUUCCAUUUCCCGCCAGUGCGAGGGGGCGUGACUGUGGGCAGGGGCGGAGUUUGGGGCGGGAAGUCUCUCGGGCCUCAGGAGUACGUGUGCAUCAUCGCAGACGCAAUCAAGAUGCUGAAGAACAUCGCGUUAGCACGAUAUUUCGAUCAGUUUGAUCGGACGCACGCUCUCCAGGGGCCCAUAUUCGUCGACGUUUGGCCGGUGAAUCUCUUGCGACCGGACAGCGCCGCGUACGUCGACACGUGCUCGCUGUUUUUGCUUCAGCUCGCCUGCAUUCUUAACAUGACGAGGGCGUGGCAGAAAGCAAGACUCCGCCUUUUUCUUUGCGUGGAGGCGGGGCGAAGCCUCAAGGGGACGGAACAGAAACUCAGACACCUGCUGAAAGACCUCAGGAUGAAGGCGGAUAUCUUCACAGUUCCCUGGGAUUCCCAAGUCGCGCUUCACUGGCAGCGGCAGACGCGAUCGGAAAGAAUCGAAAAGGAAGAGCCGGAAAGCGAGGAGGGCGGAGUCGAGGCCGACAAUUUUUUCACUAAUAGUUUCCAGACCAACACCUCACGAGUGUCGGACGAGUAUUUACAAGCCGUUAACAAACUCAUCCUGGACCAGCCACUCGGCCCACCCGCCGUGCGCUUCCUCUAUUUGCCCCGCCCUCCUGCUGACACCAGUCGUUACCAUGACUACCUGCGUCAGCUAGAGCUGCUCACGCGUAACCUGGGUCCGACCCUGCUGAUUCACGGGGUCACGCCGGUCAUCACCACUGACCUUUGACUUUGGUACGAUAACACGACAAAAGAUACAAAAUACUUUUAAUUUUUCACGUUUUCUUGUUUGAUUGUUUUGAGCACUUCACAUGUUUACUUCGGAAGAGUGAGAAGAUUCACACAGACGCUACGGAUCAGAGAAAGACUUUCGCCUAAUUUAACACUUUCCCUUCCACUUCUUCCAUCCCUUGCUCUUUUUCUUUCUUGGAUUGUAACUGAAUGUGACAAGUGGAAUUCCAGGAAUUCCGGAAUGUUGCCGCUCUGAGCUCAGAAGCUUCCAGUGCUAUUCCUGAUUAUUUUUUCUGGUGACGCCAACAGAGACUGGAAUGAUCUAGGAUGUUUUUAGCACUCCAGAAGAAUUAUACGUUUUCACACCAAAACAACAAAGAUGGAUGUGUGGAAUUCCUGGAAUUCCAUAAUGUUUUAUAAUGUUGCCACUUUGAGCACUUUUGAUUCCUGAAUAUUUUUCAUUAUGACAUAUGUAACAAGUGGAAUUCCAGAAUGUUCCACAAUGUUGCCGCUCUGAAAUCACAACGCUUGACAUUACGGUGCUAUUCCUGAAUAUUUUUCCUUAUGAUGCUAACAACCGCUGGAAUGAUUUAGGAUGUUUUUAGGCACUGCAGAAGUAUUUAGAUUUUUCUCACCAAAACAACAAAGGUUGAUUUAACAAGUGGAAUUCCUGGAAUUCCAGAAUGUUGCUGCUUUGAGCUCAGAUCUCUUGACAUUCCGGUGCUAUUCCUAAAUAUUUUUCCUUAUGAUGCCAACAAAGACUGGAAUGAUUUAGGAUCUUUUCAGCCACUCCAGAAGAAUGUUACAUUUUCACUCCAAAACAACAAAGGUAGAUGUGACAAGUGGAAUUCCAGGAAUUCCAUAAUGUUGCCACUCUGAGCUCAGAACUCGUGACAUUCCGGUGCUAUUCCUGGAUAUUUUUUUUUUCUGGUGACGCCAACAAACGCUGGAAUGAUUUAGGAUCUUUUCAGCCACUCCAGAAGAAUUUUACAUUUUCACACCAAAACAACAAAGAUAGUUGUAACGAGUGGAAUUCCUGGAAUUCCAGAAUGUUUUAGAAUGUUGCCACUUUGAGCACUUUUGAUUCCUGAAUAUAUUCUCCUUAUGACGUAUGUAACAAGUGGAAUUCCAGAAUGUUCCAGAAUGUUCCCACUUUGAACUCACAACGCUUGACAUUCCGGUGUUAUUCCUGAAUAUUUUCCCUUAUGAUGCCAACAAAGACUGGAAUGAUUUAGCCACUCCAGAAGUAUUUUACAUUUUCACGCCAAAACAACAAAGGUGGAUGUAACAAGUGGAAUUCCUGGAAUUCCAUAACGUUGCCACUCUGAGCUUAAAACUCUCCGGUGCAUUCCAGUGCUAUUCCUGAAUAUUUUUCCUCAUUAUGUCAACAAGGACUGGAAUAUUUUUGGAUGUUUUUAAUCACUCCAAAAGUAUUUUGAAUUUUCUCACCAAACAACAAAGGUGGAUGUAACAAGUGGAAUUCCUGGAAUUCCAAAAUGUUACCGCUCUGAGCUCAGAUCUCUUGACAUUCCAGUGCAAUUCCUGAAAAUAAUCCUGAUGACACCAACAAAGACUGGAAUAUUUUUGGAUGUCUUUAGCCAUUCCAGAACUAUUUUACAUUUUCACGCCAAAACAACAAAGGUGGAUGUAACAAGUGGAAUUCCUGGAAUUGCAAAAUGUUACCGCUUUGAGUUCAGAACUCUUAACAUUCCAGUGCUAUUCCUAAAUAUAUUCCUGAAGUCACCAACGAAGUCUGGAAUGUUUUAGGAUGUUUUAGCCACUCCAAAAGUAUUUGGCGUUGUCACUCCGAAACAACAAAGGUGGAUGUAACAAGUUCCUGGAAUUCCAUGUUUUACAAUGUCGCCACUUUGAAAUCUCAACGUUCCGGUGUUAUUCCUGAAUAUUUUUUCUGAUGUUAUAACAAACACUGGAAUGUUUUAUGAUGUUUUUAGCCACUCCAGAAGUAUUUUGACAGAUUUGCGAGUGUAUUUGUUUACUUGACGCAAUAAUAUAUUUUCGGGCCUAGACAGAUCUGUUGCCUUCAGCGAUUCCACUGUGAGUUUACAGUAAGAGAUCACUGUUUUACUGACACCAACCAAAGGGCUUGUUUGUUUGUUUGUCGUGUGUGUGUUUGUCAAUAAAGGGGUUCACAUGUGCCUUGUGUUACAAAAUUAUAGCAAAAACACACACAUGACUAACAAAACAUGACAAUAUACCUCCAAAUGCUUGUACGAAAAUCAGUCCAUUUUGUGUUUGUAUUGUUUUUAAUAUGAAAUCAUUUUAAGAACUGUCAAAUUUAAGUAUAUAAAAAAUGAAAUUGUUUAAUAAUUGAAUAAAAAUAAUGUUUGCCUAA